AUGGAUUCCGGAGAGAAAGUCCUCGGGUCCGAAAUGCUCGAGGCGACAGCCCACGGGCUGGCCCGUUUUAUGGACGUUUUGAACUCCGCGUCGCUUCUUCCUCCCGAGUCCCGACCUGCAUUGGACUCUCUCGCCUUGAUCAUAGCAGCACGAGCUGAACAGCAGCUUUCAAAUAUGCGUCAGAUGGCCCAUUUAUCGCAGGAAAUUACCAUGGCCCUUGAGUGUGUAGCGAAGCAGUUCAACGAUACUGCUUUGCAACGAUGCAAUGCGAAUGAGCGGGAUUUAAAGGCAUUGGCUUCUCUUCAGGCGCAGGAUGUGAGUGGCGACGGGAACUUGGAACCGCCAUUCGGAGACAGUUGA